UAUCUGUCAACAUUUGUACAUCAUGAAUUUCAAUUUCGUUUGUUGUUUUUUUUCCUUCCCAAAAACUAUAUAUGGCGAUGAAACAAUGAAACUAACCACCGCCAAUCCCGGCCCUGCUUUUCAAUUUCGUUUGUUUUUGCUAAAUUUUGCAAAAGAAAGCAAUGUAUCGGUGAAAAAAUGAACCAUAUAGUUCUGUGUCGAAAUUACGUUGCAAGUUGCCUCGUAAGUUGCAAAUUGCCUCGUAUAGCACAGUCUUAAAUUCGCAUCUCUAUUCGAAAGCAAAAGCACAAUAUAUUAAAUUAGUCUCUCAAAGAUGUUUGUUCACGCCAAUCAUUCACUUUGAUAUUACAGUUCAACAUCUGCUCAAAAGUACAAAUAUAUUUUUGAGUGAAAAUUUCCCGAAACAAUAGAUUGUUACAGUCUUGGAACGUUCUUAAAAAUAAUUGCUACAAUCGUUUGACAAUGGAACGAAUUUGCGAAGCUACGAUAUUAUAAAAGAAAAAUAAUUCACACGGUCGCGUAAAUUAAAAUGUUCCAUGACCUAAUCUUUUUCAUCUCGCCAGGCCGUGAUAACGAAAAUUACUCAUUUAUCUAUAUUGAUCUAAAGACUAAAAGCUAGUUCUAUGUUCUAAUCUUUCGCAAGGAAACACAUUUUCGGUUCUGCCAUUUUGCUGCAUAUAUCUGAUUAGAAAUAUAUCUGGUUUCAUGUUCCAACUACAGCCUACUGUAUGCUGUUGAAAUACGUAUCAUGACAUUUGUAAUUAUUUCUAUAGAGCCAUACAGAUUUGUAUAAAAAGCUUUCGGCUCCCUCCCCUUCCGUUUCGACUACUUUUCAAUCGGAAUGCGUGUUUGUAUUUGAAAUAGAAAUUACAAAUACACUAUCUAAGUUUGCCACUGUAACAUUCUCAAGUGUGUUAAAAUUGCAUAUCUUUUGAAAAUCCAAAAGCCCUUUUUUGACAUCUGCCAUGACCCUAUCAACCGUCGCACUUAAUUAAUUAUUUCGAAAGCUUGAAACGCAUUAGUCAGUCAAGCACAUUAUAAGCAGUGUUUAUGCUAGAGAGGCUUGACAUGUCAGGCACUUGACAUUUAGCGAAUAGCAGACCUCGGUCAGAAAGUGGGAGCUUUGGAUUAAGGCCUCUGCCCUGACGAAAGAAAUCAUGAACAGGGUUACUGUUAUUCUAUUUCAUGGAGUACUUUUAAUGUUUGUUCAUGAACUUGUGUUAGCAAAUGCCUCGCAGCAAGUCGACGAAGGAAAUUACAUUGUGCCACGGACGACUCUGGAGUUAUCAUCUAACAAGAACAAGUCUGCCGGUAAGUAAGCUGUUGUUUCGCCCCUACUAUGACUAUGUGCUCCCUAAAUCACUGUUGUUUCGUCUAAAUCGCUGAUUCGCCUUUUGGAAAGGCACCAUAGCAUUAAUACGACUUUGUCGUAACCUUUGAGGCCACAUUAUUAGUCUACAAUAGAUUGGAUUAUUAGCUAUCGUGAUUCAUAUGGUAUGUGUCAGGAAACAUACACCGCGUGUUGCUAUCCGGUUGUUGCAUUAGUUGUUUUUACAGUAUUUAUUAGCUUCGUUGCUUUUCCACAUUGAAGCUAAACACACUCGUUAUAUUUACCCGAGAACUUGAGCUACAAAUUAUGAUUUAUUAUACAUCGUUAAGUCUUUAAAUAUUCUGUUCAUGUUUGGUUGCCAGUAAAUGUUUGGCAGAGCAUUCUCUUGUUGAAUGUAACUAUUUUACUACUUAUUUCGCCUUAUUAAAGUGGCAGUAGUGUGCUUUAACCGUGUUUUUGGAAGAGCGUGUUGCCUUGUUGACAUUACGCAUCAUGGGUAUAACCGUUUGGCGUGUUGGUGCUAAUUGUUUUUCUUUAUCGGUCGAAAAUGUUCAUCUAGAGUGCUAGGAAUUCAGAAUGCGUAUAGGAUAUCUGAUAUGUAACCGUGUUUUGCGAUUUUUAAUUGAGGGUGCAGAAAGCGAGCUUUUUGAUGAGUUUCGCAGAGCCAGAGUCAGUUCAAUUAGUCUGUGAGCAUUCAAUAAGGUACAAGAUCGCGGAGUCGAAGCAUACGGUUUGUUUAAACAUAAACUAAGCCCAUUGUCAUGCUUUGACACGUUCAAACGUGAUAUACAACCUUUUUACCGAUAAUUUUUUGGUUAUGUAUAUCCAUUUAGUGUCUCUAAAGACUAAUGUAGCUUCACGAUACAAUUUAAUAGGCGAGUGUAUAGAUCCGCCGUCAAUAAUGUACAUUUAAAUUGAACGAAUUCGCCACACACUGUUCGCGUUAAUUUGCAAAAUAUUUCGCACGAGCGCGCUAAGCGCACGAACUGUGAAAACAAACGCGAUUUUCGCAAAUUUUGGGGUUAGAAAGGGCAGUUCUUCGCCAGUAGCCAUAUUUCGUGUGAAAAAUUCGCAAACAGACAACAUGUGUGUUUCUUUUGGGGGCGAACGAGUCAGCUGUCGAUUGAUAUUUACAUAAUAAUAUCGACCUCAAAGCGUCCGACUCUGCGGUGUCUUUUGUGCUUGCGAUAAAAGGACUUUUAUAUAUGUAAAUAAAGCCAUUAUCAGUUGCUUUGGGAAACUUACGACAAAACAACAACGUUUAAAUUGUUCGAACCGAGUUGUGAACAAUGCCUGUGUAAAUAGCAAUAGAUCUUUUAUCCAUUCCCAUAAAGAUACGCUAUCUGGCUAGCAUUACGGGGCGGAAUAUAUCAUCUUAUACACUUUUUUCCCAUUGAAAAACCGAAUAUUGCUCACCUUUAGCGGCGGCGUGUCGCACGAUAGGCCACUUAGGCUUUUAAUAUCUGUGUAUAUAAAACAGCAAGUGUGCUCUUCAACUUUUCCUAAACAGGACAAAACCUCUCGGGGUUGGUCUACUGGAAUCUUCAGGACUCUCUGUGCAGGAUUUGCCGCAAAAAUGUCGCUAUUCACAUAAUUCUGAGAUUAGGACAGAGCCGUCUGGGAAACUGCAGAACAUUUUUCGUGAAUAUGUAUACGUAAAUUUGUUUGUCGUUGAUAUGGGGUUUAUUUUUGCUUUUAACGUUUGCCGGCCGAACAGGAAAAAGCACUCGUGAUUUGCCCUUGAGUACUUUAAGAUAUCUGCUUGAAAUUUACCGACACGUGUUAAAAUAAAGAUUUGAAUUACAAGCUAGGAAACUGUAUGUUCAUAUUUCAGUAUGUGAGCAUACGAAAUUCCUUAAUAUAUUUAAACUUGUGAACUGAACAAGCUUUUUGAAUUCCGUGAACCGCAAAAACUGUACACAUACGGUACAGUCCAACUUUUGGUUUGUAUAAGAAAUUCACACGUUUGCCGUGGCAGUAGUCUAUGGCAUUGUUCUUAGUCUUCUAACCCUGCUUGGUAACUGAUUUGAAUUAGAAGGAGAAUGUAGCAGAUUUUCAGGCCAUAGUUGAUACUUCAAAUGUGAAGAGCACAAGCCAUGUAUAUUUAAGCGCAUGCGCGAGAUAUUUUCGCAUACAUUCCCUCAAACAUGAUGCUUGCAAAUGCUUAGACGUGAUGAAAUAGUGUUUCAAUUCUGUGAACGUCCUGGACAUAAUUUAGUUGUAACUUAUUUGAGUAUAAUUUAUAUUAUCAUGAACACUUGAAUUAAAAUAUUGCAAAUCCUGGUCUUAAAUAGUUAAGACCAAAACGUCCAAACAGCUUUAAUGGGUCGUCAAAAUAAUGUGAAGUACUGUAAAUUUAACCCUUGGAGUAAGGCGCAAAUAAUAGUAAAUGUUUACUAUUUUGUCGAAAAACACCAGUCGCUAUAGACACGAGCUAAUAUUGUAGUGUUGAAAAUUGUCGGUAACAUGUAAUCUAUGUCAUAUCUGUCAUGUGAACACUUGGCCAUGAACCGUUCCAUCAAAAAAGACAACAUAACACACAAGGUCAAGGACAAGCUACAUAUUACAAACAAACUGUAUAUGGUGUGGUCGAUAAGAAAUAAGUAUGUUCAUGAGUAUGUUCAUGAAAAUACAACAAGUUGUGCGGCAAAUUUUGACCGGUCAUGUAGUCAACAUUGUAUUAAGCCUCUUUUCUGCACGAGAGGUUAAAAAACAGCAUUAUAGAGUUAAUAGAGUUUUAAACUUUAACGGUAUAUGCCUAUUGACUAUUUCGACAUGUUGGUCCAACAUCAUUAAAACAUUGUUGGGUGCCUUGUUGGGUAUAUGCUUGGGUAGUGUAUACUAGUGUUGGUUGAUGUUCGAUUAAGUUUGACCCGACAUUGUAAGACCAGAAUAUUUAAAUAAAGGGCUUCAAACGAGGCCAAGAUGUCCGCCCAACAUCAUGAUCAAGUUGUUGGAUCAUGUUGUUUUGGGUUUGAUUUUGUUUAAAAGUUUCAUGGCAGUUGACGAUUACUAUAUACGCGUGAUCGAUGUCCAUGAGCAUGCACGCUCCCCAAAAAUGCAACAUUGUCAAACAUCGUUCGUUUGAACGUGCUUGAUAAGGCAAGUGUGGAAACUGAAAUUGAAAAUCAAGUAUAAAAAACAUGUAUAGCUUGAAAUCUUUUGAAUUAAUUGUUUCUACGAUUAAUUGCCAACGGGGUAAUAUUCUAAGUUCAAAACAUGCUAGAAAUUACAUGUAACUUUAGUAUUCUUUUUAUUACUACUUGUUACUUCAAUCUUCAUCAACUUUAUUAUUUGCCAACUUAAUUGUAUCAAAAGACAACAUUAUUUCCACGAUUAUUUCAAGCGGGUAAUUGAAUAAUGUCGAUCACUAGUACUAGUGGUUAACAUGUAACUUUAGUAAAUCUCUUUUGUGCGAGUAUAAGAACAAACAAAGAAUAUAUCCUGAUCUUAUUGAAAUAUAUUUAAUCCGUUUAUAUCAGAUGCGAACCGAAUGUCAACUGUCUCAAUUCUAAUGAACAAUGUAAUAUGAUAAUUUUCACAUAAAUAUCUCACAUACGAAAACUAUUAUUGCAUUUAGUCACUAAUAUUUGCAUUCCCAUAUUGCGGUCUGACAAAAACAUGGACCCCCAGCUAGGCCUUAACAUUGCAGUGUCUGAUUGUCUUUGAAACCAUUAAGGCAUUAACUGCACAACUACAAUGCUAAAUAUGUAUGUAAACAUUCAUUUAGACUGCUUCUUUAUGAUAUCAAGGGAACUAGAAUUACUUCGUAAAAGUCAAAUUAAGACAUGAUCUGCGUGCCAUUAUUCAUGCAACCUCUUAAAUGUACUCAUUUAAUUGCUUUGCCCACACGGCAGUUUGACAUUGUUUAUCUUCCAUCUUUUGUUUCUAUAAAUAAAUUGAUGCAUAUAGUGUGUCAUUUACAGUGUUUCAUAAGAAAACAUCACUAGUUUUUGAAUUUUUACUUUCAGGAGUUUUUAAAUGUUACUUUAAGUUAGGUCGAGGAGAUAUUUUGCAGAAGUUUUUAGCAUGAUGGCAGCACUUUCCUUGCGAUAGUAACUUCUAGUAUUAUAUGAGUGCCUUUGUAACUUUAUUUUCAGGCGUUACGGAAAUAGAAUUAAUUGAUAUAGGGCUGUCUGCAAAGCACACACCCAUGGUUUCCUUUGAUGGGAAACUUACACCUUAUCAGGCCUAGUCAUGGGGGGUUAUCAGUAUACCAAUAUAGUGUAAUACUGGCUCAAUAUUACCCGUAUAUCCGUGCUUAAUCUUCGGUUUAUACCCAUAUUUCAUUCUAUUUAAACAAUAAAGUAGUAAAAUGCAGAGCCUGACUUACGUUUCUUGUGCGCAUGCGCAAUUUGGCUAGCGAAAUUUCUUCUAGAGUUCUAUCACAUUCCAACAUGCUUGCUAGGUUUCCCCAUAUGCCCCAACUCGACUAAAAUUGCAUCUCACAUGCGUGACAAGUACGUCUUCAAUUAAUCAACCCCUUAGUACGAAUGCUAUUUGUUUGUAUAAACUUUUAAUAUUGGCAUAUUUCAUUAAAUAUUCCCACCUUGGGGUGUUUAUAGUGAUUGUUUGCUCAAAUUAAUCUGCAUGUCGUAAAUUGCUUUAUCUAACCACAUAUGGUCGCCAUUAAAAUGACUUGCUUCCACUAUUAAUUUCCUGUUGAGCUUUGCAAGUUUACAUACGAAGGCACAUGGAAAAUGUCUGCGUUACGGACAGGUUGAACAACUUCAGAAAUGUCGUUUUUCGGAGCAUUGACGUCUGUCAAUGAUCUACAUUUGCCACUUCUCACUCACUACAAUCACGGCUACAAUAUAUUCCCAAGUGAUUUUCCAGGCGGGAAACAUAUUCUUAUAAUGAAAAUAAAAAGCCCAGGAUAAUACUUUAAAUGGAGCCAUACACACAAAUAUUAUAUAAACGUUUUUAUUAGAAACGUUUCGUUUUAACUGAAGGCAUCUUCAGAACUAACAGUAAAAACCUCUAUAAUGUCAAAUCAUGACAAGGAUUAUGAAUAAAAUCUAAGUUACCAUGAGUGAAGGCUCGAGUGAAGGCGGGAAUUAGAGUCGGAAAAGAAGGACGGAACUAUACCUUGUUUGUUUAAGGAAGUUUAAAUUUGCAAUUUAAGAGACUUUCGUUUGAGUUGGCGCAGGAAGAAAGAAUUUCGAAGUUUCGUGACUCACCAAUGCAAGCUGUGUGACCAGUGAUAUUAUAGUGAGGUGCGAAAGAAUGCUUGUGAGUAGCAAUCACACAUGCAAACAAGCGUUAUUAAAGGCGCAAAUAAUCAUCUAGUCAGAUUGGUAUCAAGAAUUCUCUAGACGAGAUGGUCUUGAUUGUGUUCUCAAAUUCCAUAUCGACAGCACAUCUCACUGGACAUUGUGAUGUUAUCAGAAAUUGGUAGCUUCAAAUCAGCCUCGCUGAUUCAAAGAAUGCCGCAUGGAAAACAAUCGCACGCCACAUGAGUUCCAUUAGUUCCACACGACAUAUUUUUUUGGGUGGGCGAAGCUGCUCUCCUUCACUUUACCAGUCUUAUAGAGUUAAUUUUAUAAAUAAUCUUUGUAAAAUAUGUUCUUCGUUCUCUUCAUUUAAUUAUCGAGAUAUAUUUACCUAUAUAAUGGCGAUAUCAUAUAUGCAAGACAAAGCAAUUAUGACCCUAGUUGCAAAAUAUAGUUAUGAUGUUCUGGCAAUUUUUGAAACUCAUUUAAAGUAGGCUAUCAUUAUUAGUUUGUUUCUUAUUAAAAUACAAUUAUCAAUGAUACUUUAAAAUUGACGCCAUAUUUACAGCCUGCAUACUAUAUAAGCAAAACUUACUGAACUUCAGACAUCAUUUUCUGUUUGGCGUAUCAUCUAAAAUCUCUUCAUUUUAGCAUUAUUUUACAGAUAAAGCACUAAACAUACAAGUUUGUUUGCCGAUUGAGAAACGUAUCGAAAAACUAAAAUUUUGAAUUAGUCAUAACCUCAAGUGGUAUAUUAUACGCAUUAGUUUUGAGCGCGUGUUACGUAAGUCGUAACAUACAAAAAAAAUCUCUCGAGAAUGUAUUCUUAUUGUUCUUAUGACUUAUGUAUGUAUCUACUGGAAAAAAAUAGUGAAAUUCAUACUACGGAAUUUUCGAUUACAUCACUAAAUCCAUAGUAUAUCCAUACUAUUUCCAUACUAUAUCCAUAGAUAUAGUAUGAAAUUAGUAGAUUCCAUGAAUACCGUAAAUUUCCAGUCAUACCGAAACUGCCAGUUUCGGUAUGACUGCAUGGAUCCCGAAAUUUAUACAUGGUAUUCAUGGCAAACUAAUUUUAAUUUGAUUAAAUAUUCAAAUUAUGAAGUGAACCAUAUUAUCAUAUAAUAGCUGCGUAUAUGCAUUCUUAUAUAUUGUAUGUCUUUUCUAUGCUCAAGCCAUAAUGGUUUCCAUACCCAGAAAAUUAGACGACAAUUAAGUGACGAAAAUAGUGCUAAAAAGCACUCUGGUUAACAAUUUCUGGCUACAUUUCCUUUUAACCUUUUUCUUACUAGGACCAGUCCCGGUUAACCAGACAUAGUUAGGUGGAUAAAGAACUAGGCCCCAUGGUUAUCGAAAAUGAGAUGUCAUUUCUAAAUAUCAUAAAUAUAUAUAUAUGCAGGACAAUAAAUGUGUCGCCCGAUAAAAUGCUAGAACAGACCAUAUUAUCAUAUAAUAGCUGCGUAUACAGCUAUUUCAAUUAUGAAUUUAUUAGCGAUUCCCAGCAGCCUUUCGCGCUCGUAUUCGACUUUUCCGCUUUGCUUGGGGGACAACCUUAAUUGAAAUAGCUGUAUGCAUUCUUAUAUAUAUAUAUUGUAUGUCUUUUCUAUGCUCAAGCCAUAUGGUUUUCAUACCCAGAAAAUUGGACGACAAUUAGUGACGAGCAGUUUAAGUCUAAUAAAAAGCUCUCUGACUCUGGUUAACAAUUUCUGGCUACAUUUCCUUUUAACCUUUUUCGUACUAGGACCAGUCCCGGUUAACCAGACAUAGUUAGGUGGAUAAAGAACUAGGCCCCAUGGUAAUCGAAAAUGAGAUGUCAUUUCUAAAUAUCAUAAAUAUACAUAUGCAGGACAAUAAGUGUAUCGCCCGAUAAAAUGCUAGAACAACAGCAACUCUAAAUCUAAAGUAAAGUGUUGACGUUUCUUGUUCAUUAAUUCGGUUUUCUUUCUCAUUCCAGACGGCCAUAAAAAGAUCUGUAUGAAUAACCUGGAUUGUGAGAUGUACACGAACAAUCAAUGUUGUCCUACGAUAUCUGGUUACUUCAAAUGUCGCAAGAGAUGUCGACCCAAAAAGAGACUGGGCAAAUUUCGUUCUGGGAAAAAAGGAAGUAAGUUCAGUAGUGAACAUUUUGAACCCAUUUUCGUUUCGUCUAAUCUAGUAAUUUGGUUUGGUUUAGUCUAGUUUCGUUCGGUUUGGUUUGAUCCAGUUUAGUUUGGGUUUGAUUUGGUUUGAUCUAGUUUGGUUUGGUUUGAUCUAGUUUAGUCAGUUGAUUUGGUUUGAUCUAGUUUAGUUUAGUUUGGUUUGAUUUGGUUUGGUUUGAUCCAGUUUAGUAUGGGUAUGGUUUGGUUUGAUCUAGUUUGGUUUGGUUUGAUUUGGUUUGGUCCGAUUUAGUUUGUUUUGGUUUGGUUUAGUUUACACUUUAGUUAAAUGCAAGACUGCAUGUGAUGAUUUUCAGACUUCUUGUAUAUCAUGGCCUCUUUUCUUUUCGCAUGCAAGGAUCAAGGAACAAUAAACACAAGAAAAAGAAAACGUUCAGUUUCCUGACAGAUGGUAAGAACUCAAUAAAAAUGAUUAUUGUAUUGUCAUAUUGUAUUGUAUAUGAAGUCCUUUCUGACAAACAUAAAUCUUUAUUUGAAGGUUGUACCGUUGGUCAUAAUAAAGUUUACAAGGAAGGUGAAGUCGUUCAAGCAAAGGACGGCUGUAAUGACUGGUAAGGCCUUUAUGCCGGAUGCUCCUUUUCUCUAUGGUUUCGGUAGCAGUUCAGUUUUGAGGCUACGAUAGCGCAGUCAGUGCCGCAGAGAGGUUGGCGGGGGUCCGGGGCAAAAUUUUUUUGGGGGGGCCCCUUUUUGAAAAAAAAUUUUCCGGAAAAAUUUUUUCUGGACAACAACCUCCCCAGGGGCACCGGGGCCCCAGCACCUCUCACGGGGCCAGGGCAGUGCCCCCUCUCGGCGGCUCUGAGCGUAGUCGUCAGAGCAAGCGUCUUUCACCUCUCAGAUCGUGGGUUCAAAUAGACCUUUCCCUUUUAAGUGAAAUUUUGAUCUAGACAAGUCUGGACAAAAAUUUCAUCACAGCUUGAAAGAGCAUCACAAAAUUAGUAAUAUUCGAAAGUUUCGUUGCGAAAUGUUGUAAAAUGCGGAUAAUAUAGCCUUGCGAAGUUUGCCGUUUUUCAGUCAUUUUGAUUACAAAUGGGAAAUUGAUAAUCAGAUGAUCAAACUGAUUAUCAAUUUCCCGUUUGUAAUGCAAAAUGACUGAAAAACGGCAAACUUCGCAAGGCUAUAUUGGCCGCAUUUUACAACAUUUCGCAACGAAACUUCGGAAUAUUACUAAUUUUGUGAUACUCUUUCAAGCUGUAAUUUUGUGAUACUCUUUCAAGCUUGUCCAUGCAGGCUAGUCUAGAUCAAAAUUUCACUUAAAAGGGUUUAUUAGCCUUUCUCACACCGCCAUUUUUGGGUGGCAUUUCAGCAGAAGUCUGCGAGAUAAGUCCACAUAACAGCGACUUUUUAUAAUUUUUUUUGACAAAUGAUGGUAAAUUUGCUUUGUAAAUGGUUAGUUUAUUUUGAAAAAUUGCUUUUCACAUUGUUUUAAUUGUCUGAAUUGGAUGCCACCAAAAGAUGGCGGAUAUUCGUCAUCGUGAGAAAGGCUAAUUCUCGCUGCGGACUCAUAAAACGUAUGUGAAAAAAGAGUCAGUCGACGCUCUACCGAAAUUCGUGGGUUUCCCCCGGUACUCCGGUUUCCUCCCACAGGGACUCGAAUGUUGACAAGGGGGUUGGGGUAAGCCCCAAACUGACCCUUCCGCUGCAGGUGGCUGCCGGGGACGCCCUUAGAAAGCCUGCAUGCGACUUCAUCAGAUCGAUUGAGCUGCGUCCUUCUUCCUCUGAAGAAUAGACCCAUUGCACAUGACGUCACAGCGCCAGUGGCGAUGCAUCUGGAGGACAAAUUAAUUAGCAAUAUUCUAUGCAUAAUAUAAACAAAGCAAAAUUAUAAAAAAUUUGUAUUAAAAUGGUUAAUUUUUGCGCUGUAUGUGGUUGUUGUACCCGAAUAGAUAUUGUUAGGGAGCAUCUGGAUGACACUUUAAGAAUUCGUGGCGUCUGUGCAAUGGGUCUAUACGGGAUUACUGUGCUCAUAUCAGGCAGAGAGCUUGAACAGUCUAUGCCAGUGUAGGCAGUGCCAACAAUAGUGUAAGAAAGUUUCGGAUGGACAGGGAUGCAACUGCCUGAAAAAAUACAAGGAGAAGUUCGACGUUUCGAGCGAAGGCCCUACUAAUUUCCCGACGAAGCGCCUUCGCUCGAAACGUCAAAGUUCUCCUUGUAUUUUUCAGGUAGUUGUAUCCCUGUCAAUCCGAAGCUUUUUUAGAGAGAAAAGUUGACUAAAGUCGCUCCACAUUUCUUGCACGCUGAACUUGUUCUGUUCAAGUUGUUUACCAAAUGUUUCAUUUGUUCCAUUUUACCAGCAAAUGUCAGAAAGGAAAAAUGAUCUGUACAAAAAGACAUUGUCCUCCUGGUAAGCGUCCUUAAUCUCCGAUCAUACAUAGGAAUAUCAUACAUUGGAACAUGUGAAGUGCUGUGAUUGUCCGGAAUUUCUAAAACUAAGAACAUUUUUUUAUUUAGGAAAAUGUGCUUAUAAAAAUGCGUUAUAUAACGAUGGAUAUCGUUUAGUGUUACAUAAUGGAUGCAAAAGAUGGUAUGUGUAUACUUCGGAUUCUUUGCAGUGGGGAACACAGUUACUUCACUAACAUGUGACUCUCUGUUGAAAGCGCAUAUAAGUGAUGGACAUUUUUCUUUCUUUACUUACAGCAUAUGUCAAUAUACAUCGUGGAAUUGUACAAGUCAUCCUUGUGUAGAAGGUAUAAUUUAAUUCAACGUAUACUCAAAAAUCAAGUCCUUAUAACAGCAAGAUCAGGGAUGGACUAUUAGAUAUCUUGGGAGGGAGGAAGGGAGAUUUUCCUUGCAAGAAGUUCGGAGCUUUGUCGAACAUUUUUCACGUACGGUGUAGAAGCUGUGCAGAAAUUUUUUCUAUAUGUUUCUGCAUUUUCUCGAAUAGUAUUUCCAUAUAUUUCCGAAUAGUUCCAGUAAAAUAUGGAUUUAAAUGAGAAUCCAGAUUUAAAUAGGUUUUGGGAGAGGAUGCCCCCAGACCCUGCCCCUAGAAAGCUCGCACAUUCGCCGCUCAUUCGAUAAAAUCUCCAGCCAGCAUGUCACUGAAACUUAGCGCAUCUGCACUGUUAACGAAAAUCGAUAUAUCACCUAAGUUAUGCAUUUAGCUCACUGGGUUGAUCCCAUGCCAACUUCAACCUAGGCUAGUUCAACCCAGUGGUCCAACCCUACACUUUCACGAACUGACGGUAAUAUAUCCUUGUCUUCUUAGAAGUUGUCAAACAACCAACGUCUACGGCGUCAAUCCUCCAAUCCGCCUUGCUCGCUCUUAUAUGUUCAGUGAUGCAUUUCCUGUUGCUCACAUGACGUAUUGAGGAAUGAUUAUAAUUUGUACAGAAUGAAUUCGACGUAACAAAGUUGCGAUAUAUUCGGACACCUGCAGCCUCGUGCUCAGACCCUUGGAAUGCUUCACAACGUGGAUACUGUGGCUGGGAACACUUAAUGGGAAGACGUUAUUUCAUUGACCUCAGGAAUGACAUUUCGUCAAAACUGUUUUCUUCAAGAUUGGUUUAGAAAUAAACUUGGAGUAGGGUUAGGUUAAGGUUAGGGUUGGGAUCAGGGUUAGAGUUGGUGUUUGGAAUAGGGUUAGUCUUAGCAAAACCGUUGCUUUGUUACGAUUUGUCACUCUGAGGCCAGCGAAAUAAUCUCUUCCCGCUUAAUGAGUCAUCAUUGGCCUUUUUUCCACCAUAAUCUAUCAAGAUAUCAAGAUAUGAUGGGCUGGAAACUAAACAGAAGUCAUUGUAUCAUGUUUUUGACCGAGUUUAUGUUAAUUUGCGCACGGUCCAAUAGGGAUAGCUGAGCGAGCGGAUUAGACGUGCAACCACAAUGUUUAAUGAAGUUGAUACAAAGGAUUUGUGCCUGUCAAGGUACAGUCCAAUAAAACAAAAGGUCUUCUAUUUUGUGGCUUUGGAGUUUGUCGGGCUUCCAGACCGUCGUAUCGUGACAGACUAUGUCUCCACGCUCCCUACUCCCUUCGCACAGACACAAGCAAGGCAAAGUCCUGUGGGCGAGGCUGAAUAUUGAAUGUAGUGCCAGUAGUGGGGUAAAUUCAGUAUCCCGCAAAUCUCAGAGCUUUCUUUAGUCACAAUUCAUACGUUGCACUUUCGUUACUUUCAGAUAAAUAUAAUAAAAUGUGUAAAAAAUGCAACGGUAGUGUGUCGUAUGAAAAGAAUUCUGAUUUUUAUGAACAAAUUUGUCUAAGAUGCAUUUUCUGUCGUACCUAAGACCUAUUUUCAAAAUUGGGUACAGAUAAUAAUUAUGAUUGUUUGCUUGCUUUGUGGAUUCAACUAAAUCGUAUUCGAUUUAAUAACUACAGACUAUAGUUAAAAACUCCGCAUAUGACCUGAUAAGAACCAAAAGUUUAUGAGCAAUUUAGCACCAAAAUACAUCGGCGAGUUUUUUCAAAUAUUGAAAAGGGGGGUAUUGCUAUUGUGAUGUCUGUCCCAAAUCACUCUCUUGCCUAACUUUGAAACUAAUGAAUUUAUGUAUAACAAAAAGAAAUUGAUAAUAUUAUCUUGUAAAUAGAACUUUUUAUUGUAACAUACAAACUGCAGUGAUUGGGCUAGCCCGUUCUAGGGUAAUCUGUGAAAUUUAAAUUAUAAAAAAUAGAUUUAGUGAAAUCACGGCGUGUAAUAAAAAUAAAGAAAUGAAAGAAAAUGAGGUUUUUUGAAAUAUUUGUCGUGAUCUUAUUUUGUGUUUCUAUUUUUGCUUUGCUUUUAUGUAUGCGCAAAAUUCAGUGCUAGCGUUGGUGGUGACAAAAACAUCAGAAAACAGGGACCGCGGAGCCUGUU